AUGUUGCUAUCGUCCUGGAUUAGUGCCCUGCUGUUCGCGGGAGUGGCUCUCGCUUCUACGUCUGAUACAUUUACUGCAGAAGAUGAUGAUGUUACUUUUGAGAUUGCAAAUACAAAUAGCAGAACUAGCGAAUUUCAUCCAUUCUUUAGAGAAAAAGAAAAUUUUCUGUUUCUACCUCUUGUUACCCCUCAGAAUGUACAGGAGUUCAUUUCUUGUGGCUUAUCGGCUCCUUUCAGUAAUAAAUCGAAAAAUGCGUACGCUGAACUUCGCCUAAAAGAAGGCGCGAAUGGAACAGUUCAUUUCCGAAUGAUUUCAAACCCAGACUUUUUUCAAGCUUACAAGCAUGCCAUUGACGGUUUAAAGGACUUCAAAUUUUUGAAAUCUCUUGUUCCAAAAGCUAAUGAAAGUUUUCUUGAUCAUUCUCUUGAUUCUAAUUCAAACAUGAAAUCCGCUGUGCAGCUCGUUGACGAAGAUAAUUUAUUUUAUUGUUUUGUUGGCUACCAGGAGGUUCCAGAAGAUAUUGAGAUUGAAUCCUUUGAGGGAGGAUAUUCUUUCAAACGAAAGGCUAAAGAGGAGUAUGAUCCGAUUAUGUAUGUUCACUACGAACCCGACCUAAUGAAAGGAUAUGAAUCACCACAAUCACUAGAUCGUCAUUUUCUCUGUUAUUCUGUGAUCUCCGGUUGCAUAGGCUUGUAUUGGGUUAUUCGCUGGCUUCUAUCCCCGAAAAGGUUUACAUUUACUCAAUUCCUUUUGCUGAACUGGUAUCUUGCAUUUUUUAUAGACCAUCCUCUGAAGCAAACAGUAUGCACUGGAACGCGUGUUGUAGAACAGCAUCCUAAUAUAUACGCGCUUAUAAUGGUUUUUGGAUACUUUUUCAAUGACGGAAUUGUACGUUCUUUAUUCUAUUCAUUUGUACUGUCCCUUGCACUCGGUAUGGGAUAUCUUCGACAUAGUUCCAAAAAACUGGUUUUUUUGGUCGUAUUACUAGGCUGCGUUCAAUGGGUUUUUAUUACUGUUGCUCCUUUCGUUUUCCCUGUCCUGUUCUUGCUUCGAUCUUCUAAAGCCAAACCUUUGCAAUAUUUGUGGAUGCUUUAUAAUUUCGGCUAUAUUCCUUUGGUUAUGCUUCUUGGAAAGUUUUUGGCGGACCGAAAGCAUCUUCAAUCAUCACACCCUUUUGAUGCAAAAUAUAUGAAUUUUAGCAAAUUCAUAUUACUUACUAUUUUGUCUACGUUUGUGAGCUUGGUAACUCACGUAGGCAGCGCACAAUCUUUUUAUUUUCCACCUGAAAACAGAAAAAUUAUUUUUGGUGUAACUUUCUUUUGUGUUGUCGCUUAUAUCUUGAAUAGUCAUGAAAGAGUGUCGAAAGGCGAUAAAAUAAGUAAACCACAAGAGCAUUUGCCGUCAUUAUACAAAGACGAUCCUGAAAUGGACUUGUCAAAUACCGAUGAAAAGCUUCCGAUCAAUUAG